AUGGAGGGAAACUUUUUAUCAGAUUUAUCUUGUGAUCUCGGGAGGCUCCUUUCUAGCAGAGAUAAUUAUGAUGUAAUUAUUCAAGCAGGAGAAGGUCAAAAUAUGAAAGAAUUCUAUGCCCACUCAUUAAUUUUAGGAGCAAGGUCAACAUAUUUUAAAGCCGCAUUGUCAAAAGAAUGGAAAGAAUGGACAGAAAAAAAAAAUGGGAUUAUUAUUUUUAAAAAACCAAACGUUUCUCCGGAUACCUUUGAAUUCUUUUUAGAGUUUGUCUAUACCGGAAUUGUUAAAUUAGAUAAUUAUGCUGUAUUUUAUAGUUCAAGUGCGGGACCAGCUUUUGGUAGUGGAUGUGAUUUAUUUAUAAUAGAUAAUUAUAUGUAUACACAUGGUCAUGAUACAUACCCUGAAGCAAAUUUUAUUUUAGACAAUGCAAAAAUGAAGAAGACACAGGAAAUUGUAGAAUAUGAAGUAUUUCAAGUAUUACAAAAAUAA